CCUUACUGCUGUGCCGAGUGCGGAAAGAGCUUCAGCUACAGCUCCUCCCUCGUCAAACACCAGAGGACCCACACAGGCGAGCUACCCUACAAGUGUCGCAAGUGCAAGAAGGGCUUCAGCCAGAGCCCCAACCUAACAGAGCACCAGAAAACCCACAGUGUUGCCACACCUUACACGUGCCCCAACUGUGGGAAAGGCUUCAAGGUGAGGUCCAACUUCCUCCACCACCAGUGGGUGCAAACCGGGGAGUGGCCCUACCGGUGCACCAAGUGCGGGAAAGCCUUCGCCCAGAGCUCUGACCUCAUGAAACACCAGUGGAGCCACACAGGUGAGAGACCCUAUCAAUGCCCUGACUGCGAGAAGCGCUUCACCCACAACACGUACCUGGUCCAGCAUCGCUGGGCUCACACCGGUGAGUGCCCCUACCUCUGCCCUAACUGCGGGAAGAGCUUUGUGGUCAGCUCACGCCUCCUUGCCCACCGGAGGGUGCACACAGGAGAGACGCCCUACUGCUGCGCCCAGUGUGGGAAAGGGUUCAAGGUGCGGGCCAAUCUCCUGCACCACCAGGGGAUCGACACUGGGAACAAGUCUUUCAAAUGCCCGGAGUGCAAGAAAAGCUUCAGUCGCCGCUCCAACCUGCUCAUCCACCAGCGACUGCACACUGGGGAAAGGCCCUUCAAAUGCACCGAGUGUGGGAAGGGCUUCAGCCGCAGAUUGGACCUGGUGACGCACCACAGGAUCCACACAGGUGAGAAGCCCUACACAUGCCCCGAGUGCGGAAAGGGCUUCACGCAGAGGUCCCACCUGGGGGUCCACCAGAGAACCCACACCGGGGAGAGGCCCUGCCAGUGCGCGGACAGCGGGAGGAGCUUCAGUCAGAAAUCGGCCCUGGCUAAACAUCAGAGAGUGCACCUGGCAGAGAGGCACGAUCCACAGCCCUGACUGCGGGGGUGGGUGGAUAAUCGAUGUGUUCAGAGUGAGGGCAGUUCUAAAAGAAAUAAAAAUAUUUUAAAAAACUUGGUCUGGGCAAAACCAAAUCUAAAUGUUUUUGAGACUUGCAAAUAAAACUCAUUGUGGACAUGUUCCACAGCAGGGAUUUGAAGCUGGGUCUUUCAUGUCCUGGGUAAGUGCCCCACCCACUCAUUGCCUUGCUUGGUGUCUCUUUUUGGCCC